ACCCGGGUGGGAAGACCGAGAGGGACGCGGGACCCCGAGCUGAGACUGGAGCGAUCCCGGCCGGGCCGGCCCUGGGAGCCAGGGGGAGGGGGAGCCGAGUGACUAGACGGACUCACUGUGUCCCUUCCCAGGUCCUGUGCCUCCAGGGUACUUUGCUCUGGUUUUCUGAGCCACAGUGUGGACCACAGUGCCUUGAUCUGAGCCCUGUCGGGACCCCAGGUCUUUCUCCUGGGCCCUUAAAGAGUCCCCAAGACUCUUUUUCUGGAUAUCACAUAGAUUCUCAGCCACUGUUGAGACCUGGGCUCUUUUCUGUGUAGUUCCUGACUCACCCAUCCCCUUUCCCCAGAAUUCCAUAAGAGUUUACCCGGAUCUGUUGUGAAUAUUGGAGGAUACUCCUUGCCUCUUUGAGACUUGGAGUGGUUUCAAUUCUUCCCUGGGGAACCACAAUUCUUCCUCUUGUAUAAUCUAAAGGUGUUGUGAUUCCUCCCUUUACAAACUCUGAGCCCGAAGAACUCUAGACUAUCUCAAACACACGAAACACCUCAGCUUCUCUCUCUGAGAAAAUUCUGAGGCUUACUGGAGACCCCAUCAGCAGCCUGCAGAGACUAGGCAGGUCUUCCAGGGUAGGUGGACCUCAGAGGAGCCUGGCUUUUCUUCUAGGCCUCUCCUGUGCCAAAUUCAUGUGCACAAGCCCGGGUGGUGUCUGUUUAAACCCACCAGGUAUGCUUAGGCCAAGAAUAUAGCUUAUUUGCUUGUUUGCUUUUGCUUAUUUUUCCUCUCCGGAGAGGCAGAGGCUUCCUCUUGCAUUCAGGGUUCAGCUUUUGCUUAUUCCCAAUCUAGUUGACACUGAGCACCCCACUUCCUUGAAAAGCCCAGGCCCUGCUCCCUGCUCCUCAGGGCCCCCUGCACAGCUCUGUCUGACUCUUCGGAGCUCGCCUGAGCUCUGCCCACUCCCAUCAUCAUGAUGAUGUGGUCUAACUUCUUCAUGCAAGAGGAGGACCGCCGUCGAGCAGCUGUGGGACGGCGUCGUGCCCAGGGACAGCAGAAUCUUGGCUUGACUCCGGAGCUCGAGGGCAAGAUCAAGCUAGUGUUGCUGUUGGCUGCCGUGGGUGCUACCCUGGCUGUGCUGUCGGUGGGCACCGAGUUCUGGGUGGAAUUUAAUACAUACAAGACCAACGGCAGCGCCGUCUGUGAGGCUGCCCAUAUGGGGCUGUGGAAGGUAUGCAUCAAGCGACUGUGGCAGGCGGACGUGCCCGCGAGCAGGGAGACCUGUGGCCCGGCUGAGCUGCCAGGAGAAGCAAACUGCACCUACUUCAAAUUCUUCACCACAGGGGAAAAUGCACGCAUCUUCCAGCGAACCACCAAGAAAGAAGUAAACCUGGCAGCUGCUGUGAUAGCUGUACUGAGCCUGACAGCCAUGGCCUUGGGCUGCCUCUGUGUCAUCAUGGUGCUCAGCAAAGGUGCAGAGUUCCUGCUCCGCUUGGGAGCCGUCUGCUUUGGCCUCUCAGGCCUGCUGCUCUUGGUCAGCUUGGAGGUGUUCCGGCAUUCCGUUAGAGCCCUGCUUCAAGGAGCCAGCCCUGACACUCCCCCAGCUCCACGCCUGACCUAUGAGUAUUCCUGGUCCCUGGGAUGCAGUGUGGGUGCUGGCCUGAUUCUGCUGCUGGGGGGAGUCUGUUUCCUGCUGCUCUCCCUGCCUUCCUGGCCGUGGCGGUCACUGUGCCCCAAGCGGGGUGACCCAACCACCUAGAGCCCUAGAGCCCUGGCCUGCUUUCUGCAGGCAUCUGCCAAGCCUGCCUCUGUUUCCAUCUUUCUCCUCAAGACUUACCAUUUCUCUUCUGAGAGACUGUUCUUCCCACUCUGGGGGUCCAUUUUACAAAACAUCUUGGCCCCUCAUUUUCUCUCUGUAAAUAACACUUUUGGGGGUGCAGGAGAGAUGGCUCAGUAAGUAAAGUACUUGCUGAGCAAGUCAUGAGGACUUGGGUUUGGGCUUCCAGAACACACUUUAAAAGCCAAAUCAGUGGUACACGUCUGUAUUCCCCGGGGUUGGGAAGUUAGAGACUGGGAGAACCAUGGCUCUUAGUGGACAGAUAGCCUGGCCAAUGAAUUAGGUCCAGGUUCAGUGAGAGACCCUGUCUCAAGAAAUAAGUUGGAAGCCACGGAGGAAGAUGUCUGAUGCUGAAGUCUGACCCCCUCCCAAUGCAUCACGCACGUGUGCGUGUGUGUAUACACACACACACAGAGAGACACACACACACACACCCUUUCUUGGUAGCUGAAUUUGGGUUGCUUGGGGGAGGACGAGAAGAGGCUAUGUGCAAACGCGGGCUUCCUGGAGAACCUUCCAGGGGCCUGUUGGGGAGAUGGCUAUAAGCUGGUGGGAGGGCAGGGGUCCCAGAAGGAUUGGGGGGGCCUUCCUUGUCUGAGUCUGUGAUGUUUCACUUGAGGGAGAGACGUCCUCUGCCAGCCUGGUGGGGCAGAGAAGAGCCUGGGCCGGGCCUUACUUUACUGUGAUCUGA